AUGAUGCACUCUGAUAAUAUAUUAGCGUCGUCAUCGAUGCCAUCACAAUCAAAUUUAACAAAUGAUGGAACAUCAGCGAUAUUUGACAACAAUACAGUGUGUGCAGAUCAACUAGUUGGUGAAUUACUAGAGGGCUUAUCGGGUAGAUUGAUGUGGGGUAUUAUUCAACUGAUUCUAAUGUUUUUAGGGAAUAUUGGAAAUAUCCUCACAUUAAUAGUUUUGAAUCGCCGUUUAAUGCGAAAAGGAGGAAUAAAUAAUUUACUACAAGGUCUUGCCAUCAGCGAUAUUGUUGCUCCUACUCUCGCUUGUAUUCCGCAUAUCAUGUAUUAUUAUGGUCCAAAGAAUCAUAACAAAUUAAUAAAUUUUGUCAACGCAUUUUUUAUGCCUGUCGCAACAGGAGCUACGUUUUGUUCGAAUUGGAUCGUUGUGACAAUAACUUGUUUUCGUUUGAUGAUUGUUGUAAAACCACUUUAUUCACAAGUUUAUUGUUCCAGUCGUAAUGAAAGAAAAGCUUUAAUAACAAUAUUUUUAGUUAGUGUCCUAUCUAUAAUACCAUAUUAUUAUUAUCAUUUUGAUACAGAUGCUCUAAAUGUUGUAAAAGCUGUAUCAGCUUUACUAUCUUUAUUAUGCCCAUGGGUAAUAUGUGUAUUUCUGUGGAUAUUACUCAUACGGAUUGUUAACCGUGAAAUCGGUGCAAAAAAAUCGCAAGAAUUCAUCUUACAUUCAGAAAUAAUUGCGCAACGUUUAAAAUCAAAAUCUAAAAUAACUAAAAUGGUCCUAAUUAUAUGCUUUUUUAACAUAAUAUGCCAAUUGCCCGUCCUUAUUCUAACAAUAUUCGGCCUAAUUGAUGUUAACCCAUGUGGACAAAUACGUGCAUUGAUUUAUGUUUGCCUCCUUUUUGUAUCAAAUUUACUAUUAAUUGUGAAUCAUUCAAUUAAUUUUUUUAUUUAUUCUUUAACUAAUUGUAAAUUUCGUUAUACAUUACAAGUUAUGUGCCGACAUUGCUGUGUUUUUCAUGAUCCUGUACAUAGUCGAAUAACGACUCAACGACAAAUAAUGGCAUUUGAUGAUCAACGAAAACUAGCUGUUCAAAAAUCGACAAAAACAAAAUAUGACUGUAAUUCCUGUUCAAAUUCUAAAAGUCGAGAAAGUCCACAUUUAAUGGUAACAAUGCCUACCGCAAAUAUGUCUAGAUGUAACAAGAAGAACAAUCCAUCAGCACGUGUCGCUUUGUAG